UGCCGGCAGGAGGCGGGGCCUGCCACGCGGCAGCGGUAUAACUGCAGGGCCCGCGCGCGUUUGCCUCCCGGCGCUGGCCAUGGCUGCAAUGUGCCUCUUAUCCACUUUGGCCAUCCGGCUGCUCCGGCCGGCGCAGAGCUGCCGCCUCCACCAUCGCCCCUUCCACCUCUCGGCAGUUCGAAAUGAAGCUGUUGUCAUUUCGGGAAGGAAACUUGCUGAGCAGAUCAAGCAGGAAGUGCGGCAGGAGGUGGAAGAGUGGGUGGCGUCAGGCCACAGACGGCCGCACCUGAGCGUCGUCCUGGUUGGUGAGAAUCCUGCAAGUCACUCCUAUGUCCUCAACAAAACCAGAGCAGCUGCUGAUGUGGGAAUCAACAGUGAGACAAUUGUGAAACCAGCUUCAAUUUCAGAGGAAGAACUGUUGAAUUUAAUCAAUAAACUAAAUAAUGAUGAUAACGUAGAUGGCCUCCUUGUUCAGCUGCCUCUUCCAGAGCACAUUGAUGAGAGAAAGAUCUGCAAUGCUGUUUCUCCAGACAAAGAUGUUGAUGGCUUUCAUGUAAUUAACGUAGGGCGAAUGUGUUUGGACCAGAAUUCCAUGUUACCAGCUACUCCAUGGGGUGUGUGGGAAAUAAUUAAGCGAACUGGUAUUCCAACCCUGGGGAAGAACGUGCUUGUGGCUGGAAGGUCAAAAAACGUUGGAAUGCCCAUUGCAGUGCUGCUGCACACGGAUGGGGCGCACGAACGUCCCGGAGGUGAUGCCACUGUCACAAUAUCUCAUCGAUAUACUCCCAAGGAGCAGCUGAAGAAACAUACGGCUCUUGCAGAUAUUGUGGUCUCCGCUGCAGGCAUUCCAAAUCUGAUCACAGCAGAUAUGAUUAAGGAAGGAGCAGCUGUCAUUGAUGUGGGAAUAAACAGAAUUCAAGAUCCCAUAACUGCUAAACCCAAGUUGGUUGGAGAUGUGGAUUUUGAAGGAGUCAGGAAGAAAGCCGGUUACAUCACUCCAGUCCCUGGGGGUGUUGGUCCCAUGACAGUGGCAAUGCUAAUGAAGAAUACCAUUAUUGCUGCAAAAAAAGUGCUGAGGCUUGAAGAGCGGGAAGUACUGAAGUCUAAGGAGCUUGGAGUAGCAAGUAAUUAACUAUUGCGUCUUCUGUGUCAUUAACAGCACUCCAAGCUAGUUCACGAGGAAAACCAGGCCAAUAGAAAUGCAAUAUUUAUUCUACUUAAAUGGUUUAAAACAAUGCUUUCUAUUUAUUUGUAAGCUUAAAUGGGUGGGUGUUUGCACACAUAGCCCUGCAGUUACCCACCAGGGAACAUGCCACUAUCGUGCUGGGUCAUGGGAUCCAGCCAAGAGAAGCCAUUAACCUACUGAUUAACAGGGGGACACUGUCACACUGAGAAUGGCUGCCUAACUUUGUCAACCACUUCAGUUAAAAUUUGUCUUUUUUAGGAGGACAGCUAUGCUUACCACCAUACCACCAACGCUGCACAAAUUUGUCUUUUCUACGAUUGCAUUUCCCAAGUGCUAUUCCAAUAAUGAGUUGAUGCUCACUUUAGGUUCCAAACCUUUUGAGUUCAACUGGUCAAACCAAAGGAAAAAUGUUGCAAGAGAAAAUUAGGGAAAAGCUAAAAAAGAAAGAAAUGAUGGUAGUUGAGUAGAAAAAAAAUUACCCUAAUUUAAUAUAUGUAUUGAUUGAUAACCAGAAGAAAAACUACAUGUUAAUAGUCUCCUAAGUUGUCAUUUUGUAGCUUAGUCAUUGGGAAAAUGUUUGGGGUUGUUUCAUUUGCUAUUAGCUCUCGUUUUAUGUUCGUUACCAUCCCUGAGGUUUCCCAUUUUAGUUUUCUAGGAUUGAAAGGCUUAUUUUAUAAAUUAUUCAUGUGUGUUGUCCUAUUUGACUUUCCUACAUCCUUAAACUUCACUGUCAAAUUUUUAUACUGUUGGGGGUGUCUGUAUGGUUUCUUUAGUGUAUCUUGAAACCUGUAUUUGGAAAACAUAACUUGGGCUUAAUGAUCAUUAGGGCAGCUUGUAUAAGUGUGCAACUUACUUUUCCACCAAAGAACUGUCAACAGCUGCCGGCUUUUCUCUGAUGCACCUGUUGGCUUUCCUUGAUUGAUUUUUGAGAACUUGAGUUAAUACUGAAUUUAAUCAGACUCUCUGAUUAAAGGACUUUUUUCCUUCAUUUUGUUUUUUUAAAUAAAACACUUCUGACUGGUAUAGAAUGAGUUUCUGAAAUACUGUAUCUUUCUGCUACUAUCUUGUUGUGACCUAAUUUUUCUCAUUGGAUGUAAUCAACCUAAAUAUUCCUAUAUUUGGUAAUACCCAAUCCAAUGCCUUAAACAAAUUGGUUUAAAGAGCUGUGGAGAAAUCAGCCUAGUCCUUUUAAUCUUACAUCCCCAAAGGUUGUGCCAAGCCAGGAGUUUAAUCUGUAAGAUUCAUUUAAGUGGUUAGUCUUGUUCUGAUUAUUUUCUAAACCAUAUGUUCAAUUUACACAGGACUUCUUGAUGUGCUUUGCCAAGCCCCCCCCGCCAUAUAUAUAAAUUUUUUUCAUGUG